AUGAAUGCUAUAAGGUAUCAACUAUUCCUAAGACGAUACCAAAUAGACUCCACCUACAUUUUCUCAAUUAUGAAUUACAACAAGCUUAAUUUCGAUUUAUAUGUCGAAAAUGAUCUCACGUCAUUUAAAUGCACACAAGCGCUCAUACCUGAUGCGAAGGAGCUUCCGCUGCUUUUAAUCACAAAAAAUAAGGAAGAUUCUGUUUUUGUUAACUCAGAAAACAUCUUGAAGCAGCUUAAAUUCCAAAAAGUCCUUAAGAAAGGAAUUUCAUAUAGUGCAUGGGAAGAGCAAUCUUUGGAGUUUGUAAGGAAAGAAGUCAGGGAAGAAAAAUUUUAUAUAAAAAAAUAUAUUAUAUUGCCAUUUUACUUUUAUAGGUAAAAAUUACCUUAUAUGAGAAAGUCAAGCCUUUGUUUGAUAAUAUAGCUAAAGGACCUUUAAAAGAGUUUCAGCUAGCUUAUAGAAACUCAGCACAAAUGACAAGAACUGUAAGUGGAGAUGCUUAUAUCAGUGAUUUGAUAGGAAUUUUAAAAGAUUGGGCUAAGCUAUGUAUUGCAGAUUUUUCAAAAGUUGGGUAUAAGAAAGAACAAUAUUUGGAGAUUUUAGGAAAUUGGGAACAAAGACUGCAAAGACAAGAUUUUCAUGGAGGUAAGGAGCCUGAUUUGGCUGAUUUUUUUAUGUUUGCGUGUAUUGAGCCGACAUGAAUGUUUUCUAGACAUUAUGUAGACUUGAAUUUUCACGUUAGAGAGUGGAAGAAUAGGAUGGAUAUAGUAAAAGACCAGCGUUCUAAGUAG